GAACAGCCCAGCAACCCAGCAAAGCAAGGAAGUCACCCUGUCAGGGUCACGGUAUUAUCGCAAUGACGUUGGACUCCCGCCGCCCAGAUUCAUCUGCAUCGUGAGACACCGCGAGUAGCAGCCCAUCAGCCGCAUUCUUUCCUCCCCUCCAUCGACUAUCCAUCCUAUACCGCACAGCGCAUACUUACUGCGGAAUACAGAACAACACCAUCCCACUCACCUCCAACAACCAGAACAGAUCCCACCCUACCGACAUCAUGCAAGUAGCGGAGAUCCUGUCGGAUCUGACCUCCCUGCGCGUCUGUGACCACCACGACGCCCUCGCCCUCGUCACCGUCCAUGAGAGAAUCCCCCACCCCACCGAGCAACCUCCCCUCGAAAGCAUCGAGAUGGACUCGAACCUGACCCUGGACCCGCAGGCGAACGAGGACCUCCGUCGCGCGAAGGAGCUGGUGGAAUUACAUUACGAGAUCAAGGCGCGACAUGCGCAGGGGACGGUAGAUGAGGAGUUGGUACGGGCGCGGGAGGAGGUGAAUCGGGUGCUGAGGGAGCUGGGAAACGGAUGAAAAUGACGAUGGCCAGGGAUGCAUGUGAUUGAUUGGUAUGGAGUUUCUGGUGUAUUUUAUGUGGUGGUGGGUGGUUUCUUU